AAUUCCGCACAACAUAAAUUUGAGUAGGAAUUUCUCGACGCAACAUGCAGACAAUCAAAUGUGUGGUAGUGGGAGAUGGUGCUGUGGGAAAGACCUGUCUCUUGAUUUCAUACACAACAAACAAAUUUCCGAGCGAAUAUGUCCCAACCGUCUUUGAUAACUACGCGGUGACAGUCAUGAUUGGAGAGGACCCCUAUACAUUAGGGCUUUUCGAUACUGCCGGCCAGGAGGAUUAUGACCGUCUUCGACCUCUAUCGUACCCCCAGACAGAUGUUUUCUUGGUUUGCUUCAGUGUCACAUCCCCUGCAUCAUUCGAGAACGUCAAGGAGAAGUGGUUCCCAGAAGUUCACCAUCAUUGUCCCGGAGUUCCAUGCCUCAUUGUAGGCACGCAAAUUGAUCUUCGCGAUGAUACUCAAGUAAUCGAGAAGCUGGCAAGACAAAAACAGAGACCGGUGACGAACGAACAGGGUGAGAGGCUUGCGAGGGAGCUUGGUGCAGUCAAAUACGUCGAGUGUUCUGCAUUAACACAAAAGGGCCUGAAGAAUGUUUUUGACGAGGCUAUUGUCGCUGCACUCGAGCCUCCCGUCGUCAAGAACAGGAAGAAUAGAUGUGUCGUUGUGUGAUACCCAGCCCACUGAUGACUUUUCCUUGCGUUCCUCUCCAUCUUCAACGUCUCUUCUUAACGAUUUAUUUUUACCUGACGACGUGCUGAUCUGUCGUAUCGCCUCUUUCUUAUCUGCUCUCUCCCAUCCAUUAUAUAAAUCAGCCCCGAUGGUCCUGUCCACUACUAAGUUAUCGUUCCCAACAUAGUAGGCGCUCCUUAUCCCUCGGUGACCUUUCUAUUCCAUCGUUUCAAUAAUUCAUGACUGUGGGUGUGUGGGUGAGAUUAAUAUUGGGAACGCGAAUAGAAUGGACAUGGCGGAGCAAUUUUGCGAUGACGUUGCGUGCGAUCUUCAAGCGCGGUAGUUGUAUGUGUCAUGGUCCCGGUACCGCUCUGUCAUGUUCGUUUUAAAGCCAGGCCUCGGGGAUCUGCAGCCUAGGCACGAAGUUCUGAGAAGACAACACAACAAAUCCGUUAAAGCUACGUAUCCAAUAUAUACACAAAU